GUAAUUAAUACAGUGUUUUCUUGUUAGCCGGCUUUGGUGCUUCCCAUUUUCCGGCGAAAAGUCUCAUUUCCUGUGAAGAUAGUGUCCUAGUUGGUGGUAUAAAUUGUGAAUUUUGCAAAUCUGGAUGAGUUAUGUGAGAUUAUGAUCACCGCUUCUGAGCCUCUGGAAUUUAUUCCCCGGGGACGUCAGGCGGUGGAGACACAUCCUGGCCCCUCUAUGCAACAUCAGGACAGCAAUGUCCCACCUGGAGACAAUUUGCUGCUAUAUCGCCUGCAGAAUUUCAGUAUAUCAUCCGAUGAGACUACUGCAGAAUUUUGGCACUUGGAAGAGGUCUUUGAGGAGCCCCAGCGCGACGAGGAGGAUGAAUUUGGUGAGUCUGGAAGUAUAUCCAAUCUCAAUUUUCUCCACACCUAUCAAGCCAACUCCGAGGAUGAGUUGUAUGUGAAGGGAAAUACUGCUGUGUGGAGUCAGGGAUUGCAGGGUGAUGAUGAUCAUGUUGCUCCUCGGGUUUGCUUCACCUGUGACACUCCCAUCAAAUUUGCCUUUUUCUGCACUCCGUCAUUCAUGGAAUCGGACAAUAGUGCGGAUUCUGAGGAUGCCGAGAGUAAGGAUGUGAAGCGUCGUGGGAUUUGUUUGAUUGAUUCCACGAGUCUUCGGGUCUAUCGCGAUGAUGGGGAGGAUUUUCUGUGUGCUCUGGAAUUUCAAGUGUCCAAUGUGUGGAAUACUGAGCAUGGAAUUUUGCUAGAGAAGGAAGCAUCGUCAAUGAUGCUUCAGCCCGAUACAGUCUUGCCAAUGCCAAGAGUAUUUUCCCUAACGCAUCCUCUCGAUGAAAUGUCUCCAGUUCUCAUUAAGAGUUUCACUGGCUGCAUCAGUUACCUAACAGAAGUCGACUAUAAAUUGAUCAGUACAGAUCAGACAAAUAACAUUGUCCUGAUGUUUGACAAUAAAAUCGGAAAGCAUUUUGUGUGCAGCCUGAGAAAGGCAACAAUUGAAGAGACAAAUACAGUUGCUGGAAAUACUUUUGACAGCACUGCCAAUACCACAUCAUUCCCCGGAACACCCUAUCACACUGGCCAUCAGGCAUCCCUAUACAAAUCUGCAGCUCUCUACACAACAAAAAUGCACCAAAGUCAUCUCCAACCCAAUUUAAAUACAACUUUCUGGUCAUUUACCAAUCGAAUGUCCGGAUCUCCAGCCAGUUGGGCGUCAUCUAACCAAACAGCCCAUCCUCGGUCAUCGCAAUCGCCUCUGGCGCGACUCCAGAGCUCCCUGGGACAAUCGUCACCGUCAGUGAGUCUGAGGAAAUUGGGCCAGGCCCAACCCUCGAAGCCCAUUGUCCCUGAAUUCUGCCUUGUGUACCUCUGGAGUGAACCGUCAAAUGCCAAAACAGAAUUCAUCGAAUGCGCCUCAAAGGGAUUCCUGCACACAGAUCUCGUGGGGCAACUCUUUCUCUGCUACCUCUUGCCCAGGAAUGCAAAACUGAUCCUAGUGCCAAUUGUCAGAACAAAGGAAUCAGAGUUUCAUUUCUUUGGAAAGACGACGGCGAUCAAGGCAAAAGAUGCCACAGUGUUGAACAGGAUGAAUAUGAUCACAGUUCUGGCGCCCUGUGGCACAAUUAUGCUCUAUUCGGGGCCAGUUAAUGUGGGAAAAGUUCACGUGGGCGGAGUCCUGUCGAGUUUUGCUCUAAUGGACAGAUUGGGCUCACUGAAUUUUCCCCGGAGGAGCAGUUUGCUGCCAACAGCUCCGCCAGAGUCGCAAAUUGAAGAUGAACUGAAUAUGUUUUCACCGGUUCAUCCACUCUCAUCGGCCAGCACGAGCAAGAAUACUGCUGGAAGCACUUGCAUAGGACUUCGGGAUCCCACGGGAAAUCGACUGAAUCUGAUGUAUUCAGGUGGUAAGUUAUUUCGAAUAACUCUGCCAUUAAUCUGUGAGAAUAGCCUUGUUGCACGAUGCCUUUUGACCCUGAGGCAAGUGUUGAACAGUGAUAUGGCUAUUCAGGUGAUGGUAAAGUGGUAUGGUAUUAAAAAUGCCCCGGGUACUACAAAUAUGACCCCAAAUAAGGAGUGGACAAUGUUCAAAAAUCUCCUACUUGAAAUGCUUGGACGUUCCUCCAAUAGUCCUGAUGCAUCAUCAAGUUCUCAGUCAAAUGUGUCGUCGGAAGAACCGAAAAAACGUAGGAGGAAUGACAAUUCAAAUGGUUCGGAUUCUGAUUGGGAGUAUUUGAUGCAGAUGCGUCGGGAGAGUACGUUUAUGGCACGAGGGUGUGGUGGAGAGAAUGUAGAAGCAAUUCCUAUGAAAAAUGACACUUCUACUCUUCUCUUUGCACAUUUACCACUGAUACUGUUCUCCCUGCAUCUUCUGUAUGAAGAUUUGAAGCUCAGUAUGAGUACACAACAAUAUCUUCAGCCUAUGGCUGAGUUUCUCUAUCAACUUGCAAUGGAUCUCAAUUUAGAUCAAUAUUGCCUUCACUAUUAUUUGGAUUUUCCGCAUUUAGCACAGAAAAUCUCUAUGAGUUACUUAACGGAGACGGAUUUGACAAGUUUGCAGAAUCUCAAUUUAAUCUUGUCUACUGCUAUCCCGAGGAUAUAUAAGCAUGUGUAUGAUAUUGUGAAGUUGGAUAGAGAUUCUCAAUUGGAAACACUCGAGGCGUUUCCGUAUGUGGCAAAGGUGAAUAGUUUGUCGCGGAAGAUCAUAAAGGCAAUUGUGUAUUUCCAUUUUGGGGAGGAAGCAUCGAAAAAAUGUGUUCGGGAGUAUGUUCCGGUGACGGGAAAAGUUGUUGCGGAUGAAGAUGGGGUGUCGUUGAAAAAUAUUGGGAUAAAUAGAGAGGUGAUUUCACAACUGCCGCCAGCGAUUAAUUUUGUGAUUAUUCAGUUUUUGGAGAGAUAUAAAUCAAAUCCACCUCUUGGAUGUGACAGUGAUACAUAUAGAUUACUUCUGAGGUCAGAUCUUGUGUCACAUGCUUCGUGUGGGGAGGAGAGUAAGAAAUUUGUAGAUACGAGGAAGUAUGCCAAUGAACAUUCCCUAACACCUCGUGUAACGCAAAAUCCCACGUUAAAUGGGAAGACCGAGGGGCGAGCUGAGGAAGAUGGCAUGGAAGAUAUUGAUUCAAAACUCUUCUGUCUUCGUUUUCCGGAUGAUUUGCGUAUCCAUGAGGUACGACGGUUGCUCAAUAGUGCCAAUCCUGUGACCAUUGACAUUGUUCAAGGGCCUAAUGUCACGGAUCAUGAUUUCAUUGAGGAGAAGGAAAAGCAACUUUUUUCUCUGUGUACACGAACUAUGGCUUUGCCUUUGGGUAGAGGGAUGUUUACAUUGCGAACAACCAAUCCAACAUCAACGGAAUCUCUGCCAAUUCCCAAACUCUGCCUCACUGGCAAAGAAAUUCUCAAAGGGGCAACAAUUGAAUUGCAGCAAAUUGAAGUGCCACCAAAUAUGAAUUGUUGGCCGCUAUUUCACAAUGGCGUAGCAGCUGGACUUAGAAUAACGCCACAGGCAAAGGAUAUUGAUUCAACAUGGAUUGUUUACAAUAAACCCAAAGGAUCAUCUGAUGUUUCCAUUGAGCAUGCUGGACUUUUGAUGGCUCUUGGCCUCAAUGGGCAUCUCAAGAGUUUGUCAUUCAUGAGUAUCUACGACUAUCUACGGAAAUGUGAUGAAAUGACGAGUAUUGGACUUCUAUUGGGCAUAUCGGCAGCUCAUAGGAAAUCUAUGGAUAUGACCAUUACCAAACUUCUAAGUGUUCACAUUGAGGCUCUUUUGCCGCCAACAGCUCUUGAAUUGGAUAUCCAACAAAAUACCCAAGUGGCUACCCUAAUGGGAGUUGGGCUAGUUUAUGAAGGUACAGCAAAGCGUCAUAUGGCCGAGAUUCUACUUCAGGAAAUCGGAAGACCUCCCGGUCCGGAGAUGGAAAAUUGCGUAGAGAGAGAAUCUUACGCAUUAACGGCAGGAUUAGCCCUUGGACUCGUGACGCUUGGUCAGGGAGAGACUCCAACGGGCCUUCGAGAUCUCGAACUGCCAGAUACACUGCACUAUUACAUGAUAGGGGGCAACAAACGACCACUAACAGGGGCUCAAAGAGAGAAGUACAAAUUGCCGUCCUUCCAAAUUCGCGAAGGAGACACAGUCAAUAUUGACGUGACAGCUCCAGGAGCAACUCUAGCCCUAGGAUUGAUGUUCCUACAGACGGGCAAUCAAGCAGUAGCCAAUUGGAUGAUGCCACCGGAUACGAGGUACUUGCUAGACUUUGUACGACCAGAUCUACUGAUGUUGCGCAUGAUUUCACGUGGUCUCAUCAUGUGGGAUAGUGUUGAGCCGACAAAAGAAUGGCUCAAUCAGCAAUUCCCAGCUGCUCUGCAAUUUGACCUCAAACGUGGUCCAGAUCCAGAGGAUACAAGUGACAUUGACCAUGAAGCUCACUGUCAGGCAUACUGCAAUAUUACCACAGGUGCUGCCUUCUGUAUGGGUCUCAGGUAUGCAGGAACGGAAAAUCCCAUAGCAUACAAGACACUCAAGGAUCUAGUUAAACUUUUCCUGUCCAUGGGUGGGCAGUAUGUUGGAGAGUAUGCAGGAAAAGCCACUGUUGAAUCUUGCCUGACAAUGAUUGUUCUUUCGCUGUCACUGAUCUUUGCUGGAUCUGGAAAUCUUGAUAUCUUGCGAAUAAUAAGGCUUCUGAGGACGCGAAUUGGCGCAACGAAUGCUCAUGUGACUUAUGGAUCUCACAUGGCUCUUCAUAUGGCACUGGGAUUCCUUUUCCUAGGUGCUGGACGGUAUACUCUGUCUACAAGUCAGAGUGCCAUUGCGGCUCUUGUGUGUUCGCUCUUUCCCAAAUUUCCCACUCACAGCAAUGACAAUCGAUACCAUCUACAGGCAUUUCGUCAUCUCUACGUACUUGCCAUUGAAGCAAGGCUGUUCCUGCCCAGAGAUGUUGAUACAGGGAAAUUGAGCCUCUGCAACUUGGCAUGUAUUAAAAUAGGAUCAACAGAAAUCAUUCAAUUGCCAAUAGCUCCGUGUAUUCUGCCGGAAUUGAAUACACUGCAAACGGUGAUUAUGAAUGAUCGAUACUAUUGGCCCAUACGAUUUGAUAGAGACAGCAAUUGGCAUCAAUUGGAAAAAAUUCUCGAGAAGUGUGGAUGUGUCGAUAUUAAGAAGAGAGCUGGAUGUUUAUCAUUACUUGAAGAUCCAAAUCGGCUUAAGAGUCUUCUUGCAAAGUCACUCACUUCUGAACAGUUUAGCACAUGGCGGAUUAAGCCAAAGAGUCUGUUGUCCUUCUCGAGUGAUACAUUUGUGGAGAUUUUCGUGGACAAGUUUCUGCUUGGCCUCGAAGAUGUCCCAGUGUGUGAUCAGGAACAGGAAUUAACAGAAUUGCUAAUGACCCAAUUCUACAAUUGUCUCAUUCAGGAUCGUCUCGAGGCACUGCCAAUUUUUAUAUCACUCGUUCUAAUUAUUCGGCGGAUUAAUUUUAAACCGUGCACCCAAGAUAUUUGGCAAUUUAAAAUUAUUGAUGCCACCCUGAAAAAAUCACAGAUUUCCCAGAUAGAUAGUCUUCUGUCGAGGGAAAUUUUGCAGUCGCUUGAAUUGAAGUUGAUGUCUUGCAUUGAGACAUGGGGAAAUGAUUGUUUCAAUCUCAUGAAACAAUUUCUCUUCUCGUCAAGCAUUAAUUUUCUUCAGGAUGGAAAUUUGUCAACAGUGACUCUGACAAAAUUGGCCAUUCUCGUUGUAUUUUAUGAUCUUCCAAUAAAUGUGCUGAAUUUUGUUGAUCUCAGGGGACAACUGAACUAUCUGGGAAUGCUAGUGGAGCUGAAGCGUCUCAAACUCGAUACAAACUCUAUUCACUGUAUUUCGAAGAUUCUCCUAAAUUCCAUUUAAAUUAUCUAUGUAAUAUGCAAAAUUAUUAAAAAGAAAAUAUUUUUGAACA